CUUCUAUAUUCUCUCUCUCUUUCUCCUCCGGCGAUCUUCCCCAGCUCUCAGUAUUCACUCCACCGGCAAGUUUCUCUCUCAAGUUUCAACCUUUUUCCAUUUCUGUACAUAAAGUUUCAAACUUUAAUUAUGUUCAUGAUUUUGAGGGAUCCUGAAUUGGGCCCUUAGUGGUUUCUGAGGUGUUAGUUCUGUAAUUCAUGGGGUUUUAGAAUCUGGGCAGCUACUGUUUUAGCUUCAUGGGUACAGAUGCACUGUGUUUUGGAUUAAUUGGGUCCCUAGAGAGACAGCAGUUGCUACCAGUUUGAUCUGUUUUGUUGAAAGUCUGAAGUUUUAUUGAUCUGAAUUAGCUGAAAUUGGGUUGAUUUGUGUGUGGUGGAGUUUGUGCUAAUUGGGAUUGUGGAAAUUUGAUCUAUGGAGGCUUUUGGAGCCAAAGGUAGAGGUUUUUAUGGCCCGGUGGCGACGGAGAUGAGGGGAGUUGGGAAGAGGAGUUUGGAGUGGGAUUUGAAUGAUUGGAAAUGGGAUGGUGAUCUUUUUGCUGCUAGUCCUUUGAAUUCUGUGCUGUCUGAUUGUAGGAGUAGGCAGUUGUUUCCGGCUGCUCCGGGGACUCCUUCCAAUGCUGGCUUGUCUAACAGUUGUUCUUCGGGUUCGGAUGAUGUUAGUCCUGGGGGGAACGAGAAGGGUAAGAGAGAAGUGGAGAAGAGGAGGCGCGGUGGCGCUGUGGAGAAUGGACAGUUGAAUGAUGAAGCUAGGUCACUUAAUCUUAACCUUGGAGGGCAGGCUUAUCCUAUUGUUGAAGGAGAGGGGAAUGCUGGGAAGAAGACAAAGAUAGCUGGGAAUUCAAAUCGCGCAGCUUGUCAGGUGGAGGACUGUAGGGCUGAUCUCAGCAAUGCCAAGGAUUACCACCGACGGCAUAAGGUCUGUGUCAUGCAUUCUAAGGCGAGUGAAGCACUGGUUGGAAAUGUUAUGCAGCGGUUCUGUCAACAGUGUAGCAGGUUUCAUGUUCUUAAAGAGUUUGAUGAAGGGAAGAGAAGCUGUCGUAGGCGUUUGGCUGGCCAUAAUAAGAGGAGAAGAAAAACACUUCCUGAUACAGCUGUUAAUGCAGGCUCCUUGAGUGAUGAAAUUGGAAGCAGUUAUCUAUUAAUUAGUUUGCUGAGAAUCCUGUCGAAUAUGAACUCUAAUAGUUCUGAUCAAGCUAAGGAUCAGGAUCUGCUAUCUCACCUGUUGAAGAGCCUUGCAAGUCUUGCUGGUACAGUUGAUGGGAGAAACAUAUCUGCAUUACUUCAGGCAUCUCAAGGUUUACCCAACACUGGGUCUUCUGUCAAGACUGCACAGCAGGUGCCAGACACAGUUUCCAAUGUCUACGAACCCAGUAGGCCUUCUGUUUCUGCCUCGAGUAUGGAUGAUUGCGUUAUUAUUGAGGAACCUCUAAGGCCUGUAGGACAGUGCCUGAAAUCACCAGCAUCAGAUAUGCAAAAGAGAGGAUUUUCAGUUGAUGGUGAUCUUGGAAGUCAAAUUCUUUCAGGUCUACAGGGCAGCAAGCCACUCCCCUCAAGAGAAAGUGCUCUGACCAAAGCAGUUACACCAGAUUAUGGGAGGAUCCAGUUACUUGAGAUUGAUUUAAAUAGUCCAUACGAUGAUUCACAUGAUGAUCUAGAGAACCUAGGGAGUUGUCACGUCCCUAUAAAUCCAGGGAUACACCACGACUCUCACAAGUCAAGCCCACCUCAGACCAGUAGGAAUUCAGACUCAACUUUUACUCAGUCCCCAUCAAGUUCUAGUGGAGAGUCUCAGAAUCGCACAGACCGCAUUGUUUUUAAACUUUUUGGAAAAGACCCGAAUGAACUUCCAUAUGUUCUGCGAUCACAGAUUAUCGACUGGUUAUCCCAUAGUCCUACAGAGAUUGAAAGCUAUAUAAGGCCAGGAUGCAUCGUUUUGACAAUUUACCUCCGUCUUGAAAAAUCCAUGUGGGAGGAGCUCUGCUGUCAUCUGGGAUCAAAUUUGCAAAAGCUUCUAGAUGCUGCCAAUGAUCCUUUCUGGAGAACAGGAUGGAUAUACACUAGGAUGCAACAUUUUGUUGCGUUUAUGUACAAUGGUCAAGUUGUAUUAGACGCACCCUUACCUCUUAAAAGCCAUAAAAGUAGCAGGAUAUCAAGCAUCAAACCAAUUGCAGUUUCUUCUUCUGAGAGAGCUCAGUUUGUUGUGAAAGGCUUUAACCUGCCUCAUUCCACAAGGUUACUCUGUGCUCUAGAAGGGAAGUAUCUGGCACAAGAAGCUUGUGAUGACUUGAUGGAUGGUGCUGAUACAACUGUUGAGCAUGAUGAGCUACAGUGCCUCAAAUUCUCCUGUUCUAUACCAAAUGUUACUGGGCGAGGUUUCAUUGAGGUUGAAGAUCUUGGUCUCAGUAGCAACUUCUUUCCAUUUGUAGUUGCAGAGCAGGAAGUGUGUUCAGAGAUUUGUAUGUUGGAGGAUGUGAUUGAGGCAGCUGAGACUGCUGACGAUAUCCAGGCAGAGCCUGAAAUAUUAGAAACCAAGAACCGAGCAAUGGAUUUCAUACAUGAAUUGGGUUGGCUUCUCCAUAGAAGUCAUGUUAAGUUUAGACUUGGUCACCUGGAUCCCAAUCUAGAUCUAUUUCCUUUUGGACGGUUCAAGUUACUCAUGGAGUUUUCCGUGGAUCAUGACUGGUGUGCUGUAGUGAAGAAACUUUUGAAACUUCUGUUUGACAGAACUGUUGAUGCUGGAGAACAUUCAUCUGUUGAGCUUGCGUUACUGGAUAUGGCCCUCCUUCACAGGGCUGUUCAAAGAAACUCCAGACCUAUGGUAGAACUCUUGUUAAGAUUUGUUCCAGAUAAAGGUUUAGAAUCUGAACAGAAGAAACAAGUUGAAGGGGAAGGCAACAAUUUCCUAUUUAAACCUGAUGGUGUUGGUCCUCUGGGUUUGACUCCUCUUCAUGUUGCAGCUAGUAUUGAUGGUUGCGAGCAUGUAUUGGACGCUUUAACUGAUGAUCCUGGAAAGGUGGGAAUUGAAGCUUGGAAAAAUGCUCGAGACAGUACAGGAAUGACUCCAUAUGAUUAUGCAUCCAUGCAAGGCCGCUAUUCCUAUAUCAAUCUUAUUCAGAGGAAAAUCAGCAAGAAACUAGAGAGUGGGCAUGUGGUUGUUGAUAUCCCUGGUACUAUUUUAGAGAGCAACAGCAAGCAGAAGCAAUCAGAUGGGCAUAGAUCAUCAAAAGUAGCUAGCUUUGACACUGAAAAGUUUGAUAUAAAAGCAUUAAUGCGGGGAGAUUGCAAGUUAUGUAGCCAGAAACUAGCUUAUGGCAGCAGAAGAUCACUGGUGUACAGGCCAGCAAUGCUGUCAAUGGUGGCCAUUGCUGCCGUCUGUGUUUGUGUGGCCUUGCUUUUUAAGAGCACACCUGAAGUUGUUUUCAUCUUCCACCCCUUCCGGUGGGAGCACUUGAAGUUUGGCUCAAGCUAAAGCUCGUUCACGUAUUACUAAUUUGUAGUAAUUCUUAGGGUUUUCUGGUGUUUGUAUGUAUGUAUAUCUGGAGCUUCCAAAAUAAUAUAGGCUUUUGGGGAUUGCUCACCGGUUUGUAUUCUUAUAUUUGUGAAGACAAUAUUGCUUCCCCUCUGGCUUAUCAUUGUAGCAUGUACGUGUAAUUGUAAACACUAUCAUAAAGUGGAUAAAGCAAGUAUUUAUUUGUUAUAUUUUACUCGUCAAAAUAAAGCGGUGGCUCCAAUUGAUUU